GGCAAAAUGGAGGACAGUACGAUACUCUAUGCUUUUAAUAACAUUUAUUUUGCCAUUUUUGCUUUGUUUUGUUUCAAACUCUUAAUUAAAAUCUCCUUGGCUUUACUGACCCAUUUCUAUAUUGUGAAAGGGAACAGGAAGGAGGCUGCCAGGAUAGCUGAAGAAAUCUAUGGAAUAGCUCCAGGUUCAUGGGCAGAUAGAUCUCCACUUCAUGAAGCUGCAUUUCAAGGACGCCUGUUGUCUUUGAAAACAUUGAUAGCACAGGGAUUCAAUGUGAAUAUUGUUACAAUAGACCAUGUUUCUGCCCUUCAUGAAGCAUGUCUGGGUGGCCAUGUUGCCUGUGCGAAAGUAUUGCUGGAACAUGGUGCUCGGGUCAAUGCAGUCACCUUAGAUGGGAUCACACCUCUGUUUAAUGCUUGCUGUAGUGGUAGUGCAGCUUGUGUCAAUAUGUUGCUUGAAUAUGGUGCCAGGCCACAGCUGGAGAAUCACUUUGCUUCACCAAUUCAUGAAUCUGCGAAAAGAGGCCACAGAGAAUGUAUGGAGAUUCUUUUAGCCAGUGAUGUAGAUAUGGACCAAGAACACCCACAGCAUGGAACACCACUUUAUGUGGCCUGCUGGCAUCAGAGGACGGAUUGUGUCAAGAAACUUUUGGAAUUAGGAGCUAGUGUUGACCUGGGUAAGCAUCUGGAAACACCACUUCAUGCCGCAGCUAGAAAAUCCAGUGUGGAAAUUGUCAACUUGUUAACAGAUUACGGGGCCAACUUGAAGUAUAAGAAUUCUGAACACAAAUGUGCCCUUGAUCUUGCUGCACCAAACAGCUCUGUUGAACAUGCACUGCUGCUUCGAGAAGGCCCUCCUCGACUUGCACAGCUGUGCCGACUGUGCAUCCGAAAGUGCUUGGGACGAUCGUGUCUUUAUGUAAUCCACAAACUACACCUUCCUGAACGACUUGAAGAUUUUCUUUUGUUCCGAUAGCUUUAUAGUAGUUAGUGUGUUGUUGUUUUGUGACUCCAAGGCCCCUUCCACACAGCUGUAUAAAAUUCACAUUGAACUGGAUUACAUGGCAGUGUAGACUCAUAUAAUCCAGUUCAAAGCAGAUAUUGUGGAUUAUCCGCCUUGAUACUCUGGGUUAUAUGGCUGUGUGGAAGGGCCCCAGGUCAUUUCUGACUUAUUGUGAUCCUAAGGCAGUGGUUUUUCUCAGGUAUUUUGGACUUCAACUCCCAAAAAUCCCAGCCAGUUUACCAGCUGCUAGGGAUUGUCGGAGCUCAAGUCCAAAACACCUGGAGGACCAAAGGUUGGGAACCACUGCCCUAAGGCAAUCCUAGGCCACAAUAAAUUGAAAACAACUUGAUGGCACAACACUUUUGGAGCUGCUGAAGUUUACAAACGAUUUCCUAUGUAAAGUGUGUUAUAGUAAUCCAGCUGGAAGAUAAAGUAUAUGUUAAUGUGGACAGAUCUGACAUUUCAAGGAAUGGGCACAGGUGGCACACUUUUUAACUGUGCAAAUGGACUCCUAACCAAAGCCAAAACCCAGGCAUCCAGGUUCAAAGUUGUGACCCAAUCCAGGACAGGUUGAAUCCCAAUUCCCUGGGCGUCAGAAUUCCUUUCAUAACUUCUUGUAGUUUGCAAUGCCUCGAUAAAUGCAUCAGAUCUACAGUAUGAACAUUUGCUCACUUUAGCUGAUGUAUUUGGUAAAUCCAUCGUCAUCAACAACAACAACAACAGCAUCAUCAACCUUGCCACCUAAUUAAGUAUAAUUAGAGAUCUAAAAUUCCAUGGUCAAUGGUUCCAUUUGACUUCAGAAUUUACCAGCUGAUGUGCAUAGUGCCAUUUCUUUAUUUCUUUUUUUUUUUUUGGUCCAUUUAAAUGCAGACCAAACCAAGCCAUUUCCUAUAACUGAAGAACCCAUCCAGUGUGACCACCUGGACCUGGCUGUAAAGAGGAAGAAGCAAGCAUGUCAACUCUGCAGUUACAACAGGCAUACCGCCUGAAGUAAAAUAAACUGAAAUUCAUGUAAAAUUGCUCCUGUUAUUUUCUACAAAGAUAAAUGGUUCCAAAUCUGUAACAUCUGGUCCAUUACUGAAUGCAGUUAUUUUCCAGUCUGUGAAAAACUACAUGUUCACGGAAGCUAUCUGUAAUUUCCAUUGCCAUUAAGUCCUAAAUGCAUUUAUGUACUUAUCUGCAUAUAGCAGAAUGCUUUCAGCUAAGAUUCACAUUUUGAAAGUUGACCUCCUGGUGGCUGUAUAAAUAAUUUCAAAAAAGGAUUUGCUAGUCUCUCCACAAACCCGUUGUUCGUUUUGCCGGAUCAUGUAACUUUGUCAAUCUCUCAUAUCCAAAAGCACUAGCCUUUGUGUCAUCUGAAUGAGAAACUGGUCCACUAAUAAUCAAUCCCAAAUUGCUCCACACUAAGCACAAUACUGCACUUUUAUUUGUACCUGUCCUAUUUGACAAUCAGAACUUGCUGUCCAAGUAAAAUCUUAGCCAGCUUAUUUCUAUAGGGGGAACAAAGAUUGGGUUUCUAUGGAGGAAAAAUGGAGUGGCUGCUGCUACAGAAAAGCAGGGAACAAGUAUACCUGCCAACAUCUCAUGCUAAACAGGGAUGUACAUAGCCAGACAACAUCAGAGUGUGUCAAACUGGCAAAAGGUUUUUAACAAGGAAGAAAAUACUAGGUAGGAGAGGAUGCAGCAGUUUGCUUUUGCCUGAUUCUAUAGAAAAAGGCAAGAUUUUGUCCCCUUCUCUCCUUGCUGCUGAGUUGAAUGCAAAGUCUUUAUGUAAUUUGAACUUUCUUUCCAGCAUAUGUAGUAUGAUGAAAUAAAAGGAAAUAAGUGGGAGAUGGAGAGAGAAACUGGACCAUUUUUAAAGCAUCUGAAAAAGUGGAACACUAUGUAACAUGAUUUUUGUUCCUUGGUUAUAAAUGUAAUUUCCUAUUGGUUCUAUCAUAAAAACAUGAAAAAUGUUUAUAAAACUUCGUUUUUGCGAGA